AAUAUCUUAUUUUCUGGAUUUAGAUUUUCAUAUUACCCGCAAUGUUUAGGUUAUAUAUUUCACAUUUGUCGACGAAAUAAUUUUGAAAUCAAUAUACUGUUCAAAAUGUCGAAAGCAACCAUUUCGGAGCAAAAAUUUUAUGAUGAUCCAAAGUAUCGGAGUUAUGCCUCACAAAUAGAAAAAGCACUGAAGAAUUUUGAGUAUUCUACAGAAUGGGCCGAUCUCAUUUCAGCCCUUGUGAAGCUGAACAAAGUAUUACAAGCGAACACUUCAUUUGAACUCCUACCAAAAAGAAUAACAAUCGGAAAAAGGCUAUCACAAUGUUUACAUCCUGCUUUGCCAGGAGGUGUUCAUAUCAAAGCACUUGACGUUUACGACACGAUAUUUAAGAUUAUCGGCAAAAAACGUCUAGAAAUGGAUUUACAUAUUUAUGGGUCAGGAAUAUUCUCUCUUCUAGCAAAUUCAUCAAUGCAGGUGCGACCUGUUUUGUUGAACGUUUACGAAACCCAUCUUUUACCACUCGGUGAAAAAUUACGUAUAAGCAUGGAUGGCGUUUUGCUAGGCCUUUUGCCUGGUUUGGAAGAGGCAUCGGAACAUUUUGAUCGGAUAACUCUUCUUUUAGAUAAAAUAUCCAAAGGAGUUGGUUUACAAUAUUUUUAUAGCAGCAUAUGGAGAUGUGUUUUGACUUCACCUUCUGCUUCAGUAGUGAGAUUAGCAGCGAUGCAAUUGAUCUUGAGGCAAUUUGAUAAAAAGAAGAUGACAGAUGACCAACUGUAUUUGAUUGGGUUAGACGUUGACAUGAUGGUUCAUGCUGUUUGUGAGGCAUUACAGGAUGAGAACAUUCUCACACAAAGAGCAACAUUGGAUGUCCUAGGUUUAUGUUUUCCUUUGUCUUCUUUGCCCAUCUCUAGAUCAGACAUGCAACAAAUUCUUUCAGCUGCUUUGUAUAUAUUAUUGCGCCGUGAUAUGUCUCUGAACAGGAGGUUAUAUUCAUGGAUCCUCGGGACUGAUGUUUCUAAAGCAAUGUCUAAAAGUAGCAGCACAAGUUUGAAAAAAUCAGUUGUAAAACAUUUCGAAACGUAUUCAAGAGAUUUGUUAACUUCUGCUGUUUUAGAUAUGAUAAAUAAGCAUGUGAAUAUUUUCGAAGGAAGUUGCUGUAAUAUUUCUUCUCAACCGCUUUACGGAUCAGAAGUAAAACUUAUCCGCAUUGUUAUAAGUAUUUUAGAUAAAUCUGAAGUUGGACCUGUGAUAUUGAAUGAUAUUUUAAUUUCUAUAUUGCGUUUGAUAGAGAGUGUUUCAUCAAAGUAUACUUCAAUGCUUUCUCCAACUACCCCAUGUAAGAGCUGUGCUCCAAAGCAUGAUGCGGAAGAAAUCUGCUUACGAGCACAAUCGGAAUUCAUUAAAUCUGUAAACUUGUUUAUAAAUACAUUCGAAACAGAUUAUAUUUGGAAUAUUUUGGCUGAAAAUUUAACCACAGCAUGUGAAGUCACUGACAAGGCACGUCAAUGUUCGAAAAAUGAUUUUGAUUUAACGAAGAACUUCUUUACAAUAUCGGAAAUUUGUGAUGUGAUUGGUACAUUUUUGAACAUUGUUUCUAUGGAAGCAUAUGUAGAGAUACAGACUGUAUAUCUGCCUGAUCUUCUCAGUAAAAUAUUUGCUGAUAUGACAAAAUAUUGCGAAACUUUUGCUGAAAUGGAAUUAUCUAGUUGCUUGAAACUAGCAAUUCAAAUCUUAAAACAUAUCCAGCCUCAUCAGCAGAAUUUAAAAUCAGAGAACAAUAACGAUGACAAAAAUGGAGUUAAAGCCUGUAUAGAAUCAUUCAAACAUUUUGUAGUUGAGUUUAUCACAUCAAAAAUCAUAAAAGAGAAGCAAUCUUUAGAAGUUUUUGUUACUGAUUUUCAAGCAACACCAGAAGGGCCUAUUAUCCCAACUGGUUAUGAGGUGUUGUUGAAAUAUUCAAAUACAAGAAGAGUUGGAUGGGAACAUGUAAAAUACAAAACUCAUGAAAAUAAUGAUAUUAUGUUAUCUGCAUUUAAAGAUUUAUGUAAGUUGUUAAUCGAUUUGUGCUGUUUUCCUACAUUUUCUUUACCUAAAAUUGAAGAAUUUGAUACAGAAAACCUUGCAGAAAAAUCAGAUUAUCUACCAAAAUGGAUUUUAUGCUUGAUUGCAUGUAGUUGCUGCCAGGUGUUUGAAAGUGAAUCAAUUUUUCCACAGAAUCAGUCUGAUUUGGAGUAUUUCAAUUCUGUCCGAAUGACAGCUUGUUCUACUGCGUUAGAAUUAAUGGCUGUCACUGCUUCUUACUUUGAAAAAAAUUCCAAUUUACAGCAAACUGAAUCUGAACGUAGUGUUGUGUCUGUGGUUGUACCGCCACCACUUUCACUUUUUCAGUUUCAAUGGAUCUUUGAAGAAACAAAUUUUUGUGAAUGGAUUUGCAAAAUUUUGUGGUCAGAGUUAGAAGACUCGACAAAUUCGCAUAAUAAUUCUUCUGUUUAUUGUUGGACUUGCUCUCGUGCUCUCAUUUUAUUACAUCAGUUAAGCCCAGAUGAAGCCGUCGAAAGAAUUUUACUACAAGAUAUACUUUCCGUAAUUCAAAGUACAAGGGUUAUUGCAAUUAAGAAAUUUGCAAAAUUAUGGCAUCAUAUACGAGAUGCUCCGCACAGUUAUGAAAGUAAUAAAACCUUCAGUCGAUGCCUUUUCGCUAUCCUUGACCAGCUUGCAAUCGAACGGUACGAACUUUUUCCAGAUGCCACGUCUCUUGCGGAAAGUGGUGGUCAAGGCGUGGUCGCAACUACUGUGUCAACGUGGCUCAGGCAUGCCCUUGAAGAAGGAGAUCUUUGUCGGAUUUUGGAACCUUAUAUCUUAAUUUCAUUGGAUGGAAGAACUCAUAGAAAAUCAUUGCAAAAUGUUUUAGAAUACAGAAAUGAAAAUCCUGAUACUGAUCAGAUAUUAAAUUUUGAGGAGAAUUUCAGUAAACAACUUUCGGAGCCAUUUUGUCAUAAUUGUGCUGAGCUUCAGAGAGAAUUGGCGAAUGAUUCAUCAUCAUGGUCUAAAUACCAAAACUUUUCUGUUGAUUCUGUUUUGACUUUCGCGCUUUGUGAAGUUCAUCAACAAAUAGCGAAGGAACGGCAUCGUUAUGAACAUUUAAUAGGUCUUCUGACACUUUCUGACGAGGUGGAAAGUAUAGAGAGACUGAAAAGUACAUGCAAUGAGGAGGAUGUGCAUACAUGGGCAGCAGGUUUUGUAAAAAUGGUCAUUGCUCAAGGCAUUACCAUUUACAAAGAAGAAUUGGAAAAUUCCGACCAGCACUCGCUUCUCAAUUCGAACAAAAUUGAACAGAGUGACUCGUUGGAUAUGGGCGAUAAUAAUGGAGUUGAUAAUUAUUCUUCCGACAGCUCAGACAAAGCGACGGAAGCAAUCGAAUUAAACCAAUCUUUUAUGAACAAUGGUAAUCCUCUUUACAAUCAUAUACUUGUUUAUCAAGAACGCUUCGAUGCAAAUUGUGUUUUAUACAGCCUGCAAGGAAUCCUAAAUCUUGCUUCUGCUCAUCCUGGUGUUUUUAUGUAUGCUGCUUGUACAACAUCAUUAGCAUCCAGUGAGGGUGCUUAUUCAAAUCUUGUCCAAGAGCUUUUAAUUCGUCAUGAAAGAUCCAUAGAGCAAGGUAGAUGUUUUUACGAAACAACAUCUCCAAGUUUAAAAGGAGCUAUGAAGAAUCGUAUGCUCGUAGAAGUUUUAAUAUCCAUUUGUCUUUAUUAUCUCAGGUCUGCAUUUUACAAUGAUAAAUUUCAAACAAGUUGUGAACAAAAUCAAGAAAUUCAAUGUAUUGCCGCUCGGAUGUUAAAGUUCAUUAUUAGGGAACUGACUAUCCUAGCUCAGCAAGAUGAUUCUGUAAACAAAGGGACAAAAUUGUCAUCUUCAACGAAGCAAUUUUCUGCGUACAUUAUUUUAGUGCUACAACGACAGCAAGUUCAAAGCGUUGUUUUGACUUGUUUACUAACAGCUAUUUUUGCUUUGAAAAAUCAAUAUAAGUUAUCAGAUGAUGAUCAAAGCAUCUCUACCAUUUCGGAAACAUUGGAGAUGGAAUCAAAUUUAAGCGAAGAUCAAAACUUGCGGUUCGACCACAACGAUCGCUUUGUUUCUCGAUAUAUUGGUGCUGAUUCAAACCGCAUUAAAGCGAUUUUUUCUCAGUUUUUGCACAUUAUUUUUGAAUUGGUUAGUUUAGAAUACUUUGCUUUUUCAAAGGAAAGAAAUAUGCCUACAACACCACAAAAGCCAGAACAAAGCUCGAAUCCUAGCAUUGCAUUAAAAAAGAAGCAUAUCCAUUCCAUGAAGCCUAAAUUAAAACGCUCUCAAAGACUUUUCAGUCAUUUGCUAUCUGCGUCACAUCGUUAUGAUUCAGAUGCGCCUAUUGCAUCACAAAAAGUUUUUGUUUCCACAAUAUUGGAAAUAUAUAGACUUGAAAAAUACAUGGAAUUACAUCAAGAUUGCUCUAUUGGACUACAUUCUGUGUUGCCUUAUCUUGGUGGUGCACUUUCACAAACAGUCGUACCAAUUGUCCUGCAACAAUGCCUGAAUUUGGAAACAGUAUCGAAACAAGUUUUAACAAAGUCAUCGAAUAAUGUUCCGCCAAACUAUCUACAGUCAACUAUAAAGAGCAUUAUGAUAUUAACCCAUUACUGCCUAUUGACAGAAUCUGGGAAUAAAAAUUCUGAUUCUGGUAACAGUGAUUCUCUACAAUCUGAUACAAUUUCAUUAUCCUCAACAAAGACUAAUCAGUCUGUAACAAGAGGGUCAAGCAUUGGUUCUGGAUUGUCAACUUUGCUCAGCGUGUUCAAUUCCUCAAAUUCAAAUAAGACUUCUAAUACGAAUGAAACAGAGCGUUUUGAUGGUCUUGUCAUGGCAAAAGUGGCAAUUUUAAACAAUCUAGCUCGUAUUGUUUCUUGCAUGUGCGUUUUAUGGAAGGAUGUGGCUUCAGUCGAAGAUGGUACAUUGCUUCCCAUUGAAGGUUCUAGAGCCGUGUCUUAUAAUAUUUUACAAUUGUUAGGUCCGCUGGCUAUUCAAUAUGGAGAAUAUUUACUAGUUGCUUUUUCUCUUGUAUGGCGUGACAGAGAAUCCGAAAUAAAUUCUGGUGAUCACAAAAAUGGACGCUCUCUUGCAUCCUUUUUGAAGCCAAGUAAAGAUUUGAAUAAUAUUAUUGAUUUUAUGAUGGCCAUCAAGUUACUUUCAACAGAAAGGUUUUUUUCUUUAGUCAAACAAGUCAUUAAAAGCCCGCCAUCCACCACAAAUGAGCACAAAAAUAUAUCUUUGCAAGAAAGUAUACUACAAAUGCUUUUAUCUUAUAUGAAGCGCCUUAAACCUGGUGCACUAAUGGAAAAUUGGUCAGGCUUUCAUGGUAUUUUACAAGAAGCUAUUGCUUUAGGUUUCACACAAAAUAAUCCAGGUUUUCCUGCUUUGAUUGCAAACCCUAUUUCAUCAAAUUGCUAUUUCCUGAUGUUGUAUCUUUUAUCAGAAUAUGUAAAACGUUCUGCAGCCUUUUCAGAAAAGAAGGAACAAAAAGAACUCCAAGAAAUUGUAACUAAAUGUAUUGAAGCAUGUAAUUCCAUUGCUGGGUCCUCUCUAGAACAAGGUACUUGGAUUAGAAGAAAUGUGUCUGUAUUACCCGGCCCUCAAGAACCAGAAGGGCAUAGCAAGGUACACAAGAGAACAGAGUCACAAUCAUCAUUAGAUUUGACUGAUGUAGCAGCAGAAGCUGCACCUGAUCUACCGAUACAUGUGUCAUCAUCUGACACAAUGGUAACAUCUUUAGUUAAUAAGCAUUUGCUUGAAAUUGAUGAAUCAAGGCCUGAAUCAGCGAGAGAACGCCCUACUUCUUUACCACAAGUUUCAAAGCCUGGUUUCAACCCUGUCAAUUUUAGAAACAGUGUUAAGGCAUUGACUGUUCUAUCUGAAGUCGUGGCAAAUUUGCUUGAUGUUAUAUAUUCAAGUGAAGAAAAAGAAAAAGUUCUACCUUUACUGGUUUCUAUCAUGGCAAAUGUUACUCCAUAUUUACGAAAUCACGGAAAAAACAACGCACCCAGCUUUUGCUCUUGCAUUUCAUUUUUAGCCAGCAUAAGUGGAUUUCAAUACACAAGAAGAUCUUGGCGAAAAGAUGUGAUUGAUCUUUUCUUAGAUGCCCCUUUUUUUCACAUGCCACAGGAAUGCGCGGAAGGCUGGAAAACAAUCAUAGACAAUUUGAUGACUCAUGACAAAACCACAUUCAAGGAAGUUAUGUCAAGGACAACUCUUUCAAAACCAGGUGCAUCGACGCCAACUUUGAAUAUUUUCACUAAUAAGGAACAAGAAUUAGAAUUGCGAGCUUUACAUAUUAAGCGACUUGCUUUCAUCGUUUUCAGCAGCGAAUUAGAUCAGUAUCAAAAACAGUUACCAGAGAUUCAAGAACGCCUUGCUGAAAGUAUACGCUUAAAUAACGUUCCUGGAGUUCAGUGUCGUGUGUUUUUGUGUUUCCGAGUACUUCUUCUGCGAAUAUCUCCACAUAGUUUAACCUCCCUCUGGCCGACGAUGUUUACAGAAAUGGUACAUGCAAUGCUGCAGCUUGAACAGGCUCUUCAACCAUCCUUUCAAGAAGAAAACCAUAAAUUCAAGCAAAAACCCAGGUCGCCUCGCGGUUCCUCACCUUCGGAAAAUCAAAAAUCAGUAAUGACUUGUUGGUUAGAUAUGUACUUAUCAGCUUGUAAGCUUCUUGAUCUAGCUUUGUGUUUACCAGUACAUUACGUACCCCAGUUUCAAUUAUAUAGAUGGACAUUUAUAGGUGAUGCUACGACAGACGGACCAGCGAAUUCAGAACGAGAAGGUUACGUUCUUAACGGACCAAUCAAAGAUAAGGAAACUACAGAACCAGAUGAAGGUUUUGUUCCACAUUGUGUUAGAAUACAACGGCUUUUUAGUGAUCUCUAUCCGUCGCGGAAAAAUAAAUUGCUUACUAUAACUCCGGAAAAACCGUUAUUGAAUGUGACAAGAUUAAAAUCAUUGGACCAACUUCAGUUGUUUUUCAACACCAUAACUUCUUCAGCUUAUAUCUUGAAAAUGCAAAAAUCGGCAUCAAGUUCCAAAAAGAGAACAGUUUCUUCCGAUGUUCCAAAAACAUUGCCAAUGGUUGAUAAAUAUUUAGAAAGAGAUUUCGUUAGACCGUUAUUGUAAUUUUAUGAUCUAUUAUCCAUGACCAAUUCUGCACUUUUGUUCUUGUUUGAGAUUUUAUGUGGAACUGUAGAAACCUAUGGAAUUAAACUAUUAUAUGUAUUUAAUUAACAUUAACUUUUCUAUAUAUAUAUAUGGUUUAUUUAUUGAAUGGUUGUGCAAUUAUAUAGCGUUGCAAUUGUUCCUCAUAUUUUUCUAAAUUUGAAGCCCUAAGCUAAGAGUCUGUACAUUACAUAUCAGCCAUAACAACAAAAUCAUUUUAGAAACUGAAGAUUCAAUUUAUUAUUGAGUUCUGGACAAAAUCUCAAUUGCUUGUGUAUUCACAGACAGUUGGGCAUGAAUAGCAUUAGUGUUUUUCAUGGCAAUGUACCAAGUAAAUAAUUGAAUAAUUUGACUUAUUAUCAUUUCAUUGUCUGGAAUUAAUUGGAGCAACCAAUAUUUGUAUGGAAUCCUAUUUUCUCAUAGCCAUUGCUAAAUGGAAAAAGAGAGUGCUUGAAACAUCUGAACUGAUUUUUUGUGCAGAAAUAUGUCAAGAUCAAUAGUUUUUGUUUCAAAUAAAAUCAUCUAUACUGAAUGAAUUGAUAAUUCAAUAUCUAAUUCAACAACCAUUGUUGCACAUUUUGACUAAGUUGUUUAACUCUGCCUCUAAAUUGAUUUGAAGCCAACGAAUUCUUCUAUUCAGUUUGAAGUUCACAUUUACUCAGGAAUCCAGCUUUGCCAAACUCAGUCGUAAAGUAUGUUCCAUCCAACAUAAGGUCCAAGUUGUUUUAUUUAUUAUUAUGUUAUAUUGUAUCAAAUUGAAAUUUUGUAAAUAUCUUUAUCAUACACAGAUUUUUAGGUAUAAAAUAUUGAUGAGGUUCUGUGUGUGUCUGAUAUUAGAAACCUGCAUGUCUGUGAUGCAAUUCUUUCCAGCUGUUAAACUGCUUAAUUAUCAACUAACUAAUAGAUCAGAUUUUCAUCAUUCAUUUUGAGCUUAACUCUUUCAAAUAAAACAAGUAAAAUCAGCAUAUCAGUUCGGUAUUCGAUGUAAAAGGGGGACAAAGAACGAAGCACUACGGUGUUUCUUGAAAAGGAGCUCUGCAAAAUUGAUCCGGUUUUCAAAACAUUUGUAAUUGAAUGAUUAUAAAUGAAAUAUAAUUUUUUGUAUUUAUAGUAUGUUAAAAUUAUUCAAAAAUGAAAUUAACUGUUAAAAUUAAUUAAAACUUCAGAUCAUUUUUACCCAGUAUCAUAAGAAAAAGAUUUCAAUUUUUAUCGUUCUAAUACAACUGUUUCUGGAUAUAGUACAUUUACCAUAUUAAAAUUUCGUACGAUUAGAUUCAUUGAUGGGCUUUGUUGAAAGUAUAGCAUGAGAUGUGUAUUGUAAUGACAUUGGUAAUUGUCCAUUCAUCGUGUUGUAGGCAUAACUGAAGCCAUUGGUUGGUGCGAUGGAACAUUUAUUUCAAUUAACAUCGGAAUGUGGGUAGAUUUUUGUGUUUUCAGUGCUACCUUUCCUUCUGGUUUAUGAUGCUAUUCAUAUAAUUAAUGAGUUGUUAACAUUAAAUACAUUUUCAUAACUCUUGUGCCUAUUUUACAUCAAGGGGAAUAGGUAGCAACCAAUUGAACAAAAACUG